AUGAGGAUCAAGUAUCCACAUUUACGAGGUCUGCCUAUAAGAUCAUACAACGACGCACGGCCGCGAAUCCUAAUAGGAUUGAAGCAUGCUCACGUCAGCUUGGUUCUACAAAGUAGAGAAGGAAAUCCAGAUCAACCGAUAGCGAUAAAGACUCGUUUGGGUUGGACCGUUUGUGGUGGUAAUGGCGAGAACAAUGCGUCGAAUUUGGUGCACUACUCUUUCCAUGUGCAUUCCGAAGAACAUUCGGACGAAUUCUUACAUAACGCCAUGAAGGAGUACUUCGCUCUUGAUAGUCUUGGAGUAGUGAGACCCAGUCGUGCUCUGUUGUCGUCCGAAGAUCAAAGAGCCUGUUCAAUGCUCGAAUCUCUCACUAAGUACACUGGAGUCAACUUCGAGACUGGUUUGUUGUGGAGAUACGAUGAUAUUCGUUUACCUGAUAGCCGGCCAAUGGCUCUUAGUCGGUAUCAGCUACUGGAAAAAAGAAUGCAGAAAGAUCCGGAGCUUUUGAAGGUUAUGAACCAGAAAAUAGUUGAUUACCUGCAGAAAGGAUACAUACGGAAAUUGUCUAAAGAAAAAGAAAAUUUGCCUGUUUCACGCGCGUGGUAUUUGCCAAUAUUCCCAGUGGUCAAUCCAAACAAACCUGGAAAGGUUCGAUUAGUCUGGGAUGCAGCAGCUACCGUAUUCGGAACGUCUCUAAAUUCUGCAUUCUUGAAGGGCCCGGACCAAAUGUGUUCGCUCUUCUCUAUUCUGUUGCAAUUUCGGAAGCACCGUGUAGGACUAACUGGGGAUAUACGCGAAAUGUUUCACCAAAUCCAAAUCCGCGAAACAGACCGAUCAUGCCAGCGGUUCUUUUGGAGAGACAAUACAGGAGAGAUUAUUGUUUAUGAAAUGUGUGUAAUGACUUUCGGUGCGUGCUGCUCUCCAAGCAGCGCUCAAUAUGUUAAAAACAUAAAUUCUGAACGGUUCUCUAGGAAAUACGCAGAUGCAGUGAACGCUAUCGUGCAGCAACACUACGUGGACGAUAUGUUGGUGAGCGUAGACUCCGAAGAAACAGCUAUUCGACUAGCUCAGGAGGUAACGUACGUACAUGCCCAAGGCGGGUUCGAAAUCCGUAACUGGGUCAGUAACUCAACAGCUGUUAUAACUGUAUUGAAUCAGCCAAAAGCGAACGCGAAAAGUCUGGAUUUGUCUACUGAAAUAUGCACCGAGAAAGUACUAGGAUUGUGGUGGUGUACAGAGUCGGAUUCGUUCACAUACAGAGUCGGAUGGGACCGAUAUGAAGAAACGUUGUUGAAAGGACUACGUCGACCAACAAAACGAGAAGUGCUUCGAGUUCUUAUGACAAUUUUUGACCCUCUCGGAUUGAUUGCGCAUUUUCUCAUAUUCCUGAAGAUUUUGCUGCAGGAAAUUUGGCGCUCUGGUGUUCAGUGGGACGACACCAUCAACGAUGUUUUGUUCGAUAAAUGGCGAUCCUGGCUGCGUGUGCUAUCAACAGUUGAAAAAGUACGAGUUUCCCGGUGUUAUUUCGUUCAAACGUCCUGCGAGUAUCAAGCUGAGUUUCACACCUUUGUCGACGCUAGUGAGAACGGGUUUGCUGGUGUGUCAUUCCUUCGUUUCAUCUGUAGUGAUCAGAUAAAAUGUACCAUAGUUGCCGCAAAAACCAGAGUCGCACCGUUAAAGUUCCAAUCUAUUCCAAGACUCGAACUGCAGGCCGCCGUGUUAGGAGGAAGAUUAGCACAUACGAUUCUAGCAUGUCUCUCAAUUCAAACUACAAGACGCAUUUUUUGGACUGACUCUCGCGACGUUUUAUGCUGGAUUAAUUCCGAUCACCGUCGUUUUACACAGUUCGUAGCGCACCGGGUUAGCGAGAUUCUCGACAUAACAGAGGCGGAAGAGUGGCGUUGGGUGCCUACGAAACAUAAUGUGGCAGAUGAUGCAACAAAGUGGGAGACUAAACCGGAUCUGACACCAAACAGCAGAUGGUUCAACAGUCCUAGAUUCCUGCGGAAAACCGAAGAAGAUUGGCCACAACAACUGUUUCAACCCUUAUCGAAUUCUUCAAUUCACCGGAUUCAAUAG